AUGGAUAACAACAUCACCGACUAUACAACUGAUUAUUACAACUCGCUGUGUGUUGUUUGUUCGUUACCGUACUAUGCCAGUUACGCAGAUAGCAUUACAAACGAAAUCUGUUAUAAUUAUACCUAUACAUAUGAUGAACUCAUCAAUUACACGUACUCAUAUGAUUGUCCACAGUUAUAUAUACCCAACAACAUUUUCAGUACAGCUUCGAGGAUCGCUACAUCAUUUGUAUUCAUACUAACCGUCGUGUUGACUAUUGUCGGCAAUAGUGUUGCUAUCUGUAUUCUGUCUUUCGGAAAUCGUGUUAGAACCAAUUUCAAUACUUUUCUCAUCAACCUCGCUGUCUCGGAUCUGGCUAUGGGAGCGCUAUGUAUGCCGUUUACUACAAUUCAAAUGGUGAUUGAAAAAUGGCCGUUUGGUGAUUUUAUGUGUCCGUUUGUCUCUUUCAUCCAACAGGUUUCUGUGACUGUCAGUAUAUGUACCCUAACAGUGAUCGGCAUCGACAGAUAUCUAGCAGUAGUACAACCUAUGCGAAACAGGAAACCAUCCUCGAAGCCAAUUCUUGUAAUAUCAUUAAUAUGGCUGGUAUCAUGUCUACUCGGCAUAUUCCAACUUGUCACUGCCAGAACCAAGGCAUACCCCAUGAAUACAGGCGAGAUUAUAUAUGAUUGCGACGAACGAUGGAAUGACCCUGUGCAACAGAGUGCCUAUGAAGUAUUCGUUAUUGUUUCAACUUACGUCAUUCCACUUAUAAUAUUAUCUGCAACAUAUUCAGCUGUGGUGAAGGUUCUUUGGGCGAGGCAAAUACCCGGAAAUGGCGACAAACUACGUGACCAUCGACAUUCCCAGUCAAAACUAAAAGUUACAAAGAUGUUAAUGGCGAUCGUAAUAUUAUUUGCAUUAUGCUGGUUACCACUGCAUUGUUUUAUUCUGACUACUAUGUUCCAUAAUACAAUUCUAGAAGAUCCUAGCGUCCGUUCUAUCGCCAUCGGUGUUUAUCUGUUCUCACAUUGGCUUGCGAUGGCGAACAGCUUUAUCAACCCUUUCAUUUAUACCAUUUGUCAUGAAGGAUUUCGAGCAGACCUGAGAAACUUCUGUACACUCUGUCGGCGUGGUGGCAUGGACUGUGUCUCGCAUCUGACAUCACCAAGAAAUGCAAUUCCAUCAUGGAGAUCGUCAUCUAGAAAAACGCCAACAGCAAGUAGCAGCUGCAGAACCAUAAAAACCUUAGCGAUUUGA